UACCGUUAAACUGGUCCCGCAACUUUGGUACCAGGUACCGGUGCUGUGGGCGGAAGGUAAACACGGCCUGCAGGUCGCGGAGGCCACCACGCACACGCCCAAGACGCCGCUGUGACGGCCACCACGACCCGAGACCCUGAGAGCACACCCACUAUGAUGGCCACCCACCUGCCCCCUCGCAAGAACCCCACCCCAAUCAAACUCUCUCGGCAGCACCUUUCACCUCUCCAGACUCUCCUGCAGAUGGGUUUCCCAAAGCACAGAGCAGAAAAAGCAUUAGCAGCCACAGGCCACAGAGGGGUGCAGCUGGCUUCUGACUGGCUGCUGGCACAUGUCAAUGAUACCACAUUGGACCUGGACCGACCACGAGAGUAUGUGGUGUACCUCUGCCCCACCGGCCCACUUUAUGAACAAAUCCAGAUCUUUUGGGACGAGGCACUGCAGAAAUGUGGCUGGAACGGUGCCCACAACCUGGUGCCACACAUCACACUGUGCUCAUUUUUCAAGUCUGGGGAUGAAAAUUGUGAAGCUUUGGUGUCCAUACUGAAGGAGGUGGUGCAUGACUUGCUGCCCUCCUUCCCUACCAGUCUUACACUCGACAAGUACAUCUCCCCCAACUAUAUGGGACUCUUCCUCACUGAACACCAAGAGGAGUUCCUGAAGAAGCUUGCCGUUUCCUAUGUCAAAGAGGCUUCGCACCUGUUUGACGCAGGUUGUUACGAGAAACUGGAGGUGAUGGCAGCAUGUCUGCCAUGGUGUUCAGGAACUACUUUGCCACAAGAAAACUGCAGUCCUGGGGAGCCUGCCAGCAAGGCCCUGCACCUCACUCUGGCCUACCAGUAUCCUCUGUCACAGUUUUCUCGGCUGGAAGCAUUGGUGAAGGCGGUGGACCAGAGGGCUGCGGCAACAUGGGAGGCGCGACUGUACUCAAGGGACACACGCAUCCUUGGCAAUGAGGUACACAAGGUUCUGUACUCCCAUGUGUCUCGCGACCCUGAUGAACUGGAGCUGCUCAUCGGGGAUUUUGUGUAUGUCAAGGGAGAGAGCUUAGCAACCUCCCCUGACGGCUGGGUAGAAGGCACCUCCUGGCUGACUGGCGCCUCAGGCUUCCUCCCCAUCAACUACAUAGAGCGCACUGCCGAGUCUGAUGCCUGGACAUUGCACAAAAGCAUACCAGUUAUCGGGACCAGUGGAAGGGAUUGUGAAGAGUCCCUGCCUAAUCGCCCACCCAUCUCACUGUCACUUCUCAACCUCCUGGAGAACAGUGAAGGCUCUCGUCGUUCCACCGAGGUUCUGUCUGAGUCGUCUUCCAUGGACCGCCUCCACUCCCGGCAGGCUUCCCUUGAGGCCACACAGUCUCCGCCAUUCCACAAACAGGAAGACCUGGAUGCCCUCUAUGCCAAGGUCAAAAAGCCAAAGAAGGAGGGGCCACUGUAUCAGUUCCCCAUCAAGGGCCCAAGGAAGGUCAUCGUGGUGCGUCAUGGGGAGCGGGUCGACUUUACCUUCGGGGACUGGAUACGCUUUUGCUUUGAUGAGGCAGACGUCUAUCAGCGACGUGACCUCAACAUGCCUGAGGCACUGCCGGAGAGAGGCGGGGCACCACACAGCUUCUACAAGGACUGUCCCCUCACCCAAAUAGGGCUGCUGCAGGCCUCCCUGGUGGGCCGGGCCAUGCAUGCCAGCAAUACUCAGGUCCACCAUGUCUUUUGCUCCCCGUCCCUUCGCUGCGUCCAGACCUGCACCAAUAUUCUGAAGGGUUUAGGCUUAGUAGAACACAUGCCAAUCAACAUCGAGCCCGGCCUGUUUGAGUGGCUGGCCUGGUAUCAUGAUGGAAUGCCAGUGUGGAUGACUCUGGAGGAACUCACAGCAGCCGGAUUCAACAUCAACAUGUCGUAUGACCCUCUCAUAUGCCGGGAGGAGCUCAAGGACACUCAUGAGAGCUGUGAGCAGUACUAUGGCCGCAACGCUUACGUCACACAGAGCAUCAUCAACACCACACAGGCACUGGGAGGAACAGUAUUGCUGGUAGGACACGCUGCCACUCUGGACACCUGCACAAGACAGCUGGUCGGGGGCUCACCAAGGUCAGCCCAUGAAAUGACCUCCAUCAUCAAAAAGGUCCCAUAUUGCUCCUUUGCCUUUGCUGCUCAGGAGAAUUCAGGCAGCUGGUCCCUGCAAGAACCCCCCUUCCCCCCCACCACCCAUUCCAGCAACAUGAGAUAUGAUUGGAGGGUGAUGACGCCUUAACCUUCUUCCUUCCCUAUCAUCGUUAUUUGUGCACUGGGGUGAGGAUGAUAUUUUUUGUUUUGUGUUGUAAGUUUGUAUGUGUGUGUGUGUACAUGUGAAAAGAAAAGGAUAUACUUUCCAGCUGCCUUAGGAUUCAGUCCUUUUAGAAUCUUCAGGAACAAACAUCUAAUUACUGUUUGCCAUGGGCCUAUUAUUAAGUUUGUGGCAUGAGGCAGUAGUUGUCAAAUAACACAAAUAACUCACUCAUCAUCAUCCGUAAUAAAAAUAAAAUCCCUCUUGGGAUAGGCUAUCUUUAUAAGGGCUUUCUCCUCAUCACAUUCUAGAGAAACAGCAUAAAGUAAAAAAAGGCUAAACCAUAGACAAUGCAUACAGCUUUGUCACAGUCAUCCCAGAUCAUCUGAUACCUCAGAAAAUAUCAAAAUGCAAAGUAGACAAGGCAAAUAGAUAUACAAUUGCCAGUAUUCAUAUAUACAUACCUUAUAUUCAUUCUUCAUUCAUUGCUUCAGGAAUAUUUAAUCUAUCCUUUAACCCCUUCUUUACCGAGCGCCGCCACGUAUGUAAACAUUGCGUUCCCCCGAUAUACCGACCUGACAGCUACACUUCCCACGAUGUGGGGGGUUGUGUAUAUUUUAUUGUAGCGACAAAGCUAUGCGCUCCUUACGAUCUUUUUAUAUACUGUGGGGUUCUCUCUAAAAAAAUGUUGUGCAUGAGUGUUUGUCCACACACAGCAAGUUCACUACAUCCUUUGUAAUAAAUAACUGAAAACAGUCAAGCGCAGUCAUUGGAUGUGAUUCAUGAUGUGCAACAAUUCCUGGAUGCACAUCAACAAAAUCCUCUUCCACACUGGGCAGAACGCUAGGGCCAGCAUUAGUAAAUGGAUCUGACAGCAGCUGAAAACGUGGAAGUCUGUGGCGGGGAUGGCGAGCAAGAACCAUUUGCUGAAAGCGUAGUUUCGCUAUCCACCCCCUCUGCCUCUCCGUCAUCACUCGUGUCAGCACCGUCAGUGUCACUAUCUUUCCCUGGGUCGUAAUCAGUGUCACUGUUGUCCACUGAUAUAUCAGACAAUGUCUCAUCAUCGUCUGACUUUUCUAAAUCAGCGUCACGAGGAAUGAAAUAGUCUGCAUGGUAACUCUGCAGGCAACGGCAUGAUGGAAAGGAAAAUACCCUGGGCACUCUCAUAGGCAACAAAGGCAACUGGUGUGUAAUUAUUGCCAUGUAUCUUUGGAGAUUGUCAUGCUAUAUAUUUGAAAUAAUAAUGAAGAAUAAUGAUUGGUGUUAAAAAGGUUAUGUCAUAGAUAGGGAGGAAGCCAUUUGUGGUAGUGUUGUGACGCAUUACGGCGUCACACAUCGCUCACUGCUUUGUUGGCAAAACACAGAGGAGUUGCCAUCACCAAGACCACAGAAACAGAGUUACCAGCCUCCCCUCAGGCCCAGAUUCUGCCAUUCAUUACGUGGUGUAUGAGCGUACAUCACCAGCAGUUCCGGUGUGGCAUGGCUGUUUUCAUGUGAUGUACGCUCGUACAUCAAAACACAUAUUCGGUAGAGAAGGGGUUAAAUGCAUAAUAUUAUGUACUUAGCAGCUAAUAAAACAGUAUGAGCAUGAUGUCAUUGUUAGAUAGCUCUUGCUGGAGUAAUGCAGUGUGUGUGUGUGUGUGUGUGUGUGUGUGUGUGUUUAUUUAAAUGAAGACAUGAAAUUGAUCUACUUCUAGUACUUAAGCCUUCCAGUAAAUGAUAAUGUAGCUUUGAAGGCUGCCAACCUGAGAAAGGAGGAUUACGUAAUGUUAGAAGAGUUAGGUGGUUUGGUUGAUGACGCCUGCAGAGUGUGUGUGUACUGUAUGUCAAGCAAUGACAGAAAAGGAAUAGGUUCUAGUGAUGGUAAGUUAAGUUGGUUAUACACAUGUGUUCAUUGUGCUUAAGGUGAAGGUGAGAAUCAUAGUACAGUAUAGAGAAAGGAAAAACAGGACACAUUCGUUAGAAAACUUAAUGUUUAUGUUCCAAGUAUUGAUUGUAUGAAAAGAGUUAUAGACUCAGAUUGUUAUUCUCUAAUUCUGUUGUUUUCUAAUGUUAAGACAGUAUUUAUUUGGAGGUUGAGGAAAAAGUAUUGUUAUAUAUAAAUUUUAGAGAAAACGUCUUACUGUGGCAGUAUUGUAACCAAUGAGGCUCUGGGUUAAUGCUACAGUGUAAAGCUACAGCAUUGAAUUUGGGUCAUUACCUGUACCUCAAGGAGUACUAUUGGCAUUACCUGUGGUAGCCUAGCCCUGCCCUAGCUUCACGCGGUGGCCUCAUUAUCACACCACAAUUCUUUUUUUGAAAUAUUUUAUGGUUUGCCUUGUUUUUUUUUUGUUUUUUUUGUGGUGAAAUUAACAGGAAGGGUGAGUACUUUUGGUACUUUGUAUUUAUGGGGUUUAUCUUUAAUUUGUAUAAAACAUUUUAUUUUUUUAUAGAUUGGCAGUGGUGCCUGUGAAUUUUAUUUUUGUGUAACAUUUUUUAUUUAUUUUGAUGGACACACACACACACACACACACACACACACACACACACACACACACACACACACACACACACACACAU